CGCAAGGAAUGUGUGAUCAUCUAAUCAUGCUGUUUAAUUUUAGCUCUCAUUGUGCAGUAUUUAAUACCGAUGCAUAUAAACUGUUGAUUUAUAAACAUGUUUUAGUUUGUUUUAUUCAAAGCUGGAGUAUUAUAUGCUAGGAUGAUUUAUAGCCACUCAAAGAGCGUUAAGCGAAACUUUGCGAUCAGUUAUGCGUUAGCUGCUUGGGACGUAAUAGUGCAUUAGUGGUGUAUUUCUAUUUAACAAAUACUUAAAAAUGUGUCUUGAUGAAAGCCGGUGUCAGCGUGCCCAUCAACGAAAUAUGUAUGUGUUACACAGAUGGCUAGUCUGUACAACUGCACUCCUCGCGAAUCUGGUAGUGCUGGGCGUAAUGUUCUCGAUGGGGACGUUAUUGUCAGAUAUCACGGCCACAUUUAACGUUUCCCGUACCGAUGCUGCACUUGUUCAGACCGUGGCCAUCGUUGCUGGUUUGUGUGGUGGCGUCUUUAUCGGAAGCUUGAUACAUAAGUUUGGAGAACGAAACGUUGCGGUUUGUCUUUCCUUCAUCUUGUCUAUAGGAGUCGUCAUCAGCUAUUUUGCUACAUCAGUACCUUUUCUGAUGAUAUCGAUUGGAUUACUUGGAGGUACUUCAGGCGGUGGUAUUUACAUUGCCGCUUCCGCAGCGACCGGUCGCCAUUUUCAUGGCAAACAAGGAUUAUUUUUUGUUUCCGUUGUAAAUGUUGGAUCAGGCAUGGGUGGAGUCAUUUUCCCAUACUUCUUCAAUUAUUUGACGGAGAGGUUUGGGCCACGGGGAACAUAUCUGAUUACUGGUGGGAUUCUUCUUAAUAUGAUACCAUUUACAAUGCUAUGGAACUCCCCGAUUACUAAGAAACUUACGAAGCCAAAACACGAGCAAAACGUGUGCAAUGAUAAUGCUAUUGAAAUGGAAAGCUUGACAUCUGUUAAAAGCGAAGUUAAAACCUGUUAUGCUGACAAAGAUACGCUUUGCGCAGCCUUUAAGAAACUUGUUACAGACAGAGCUUUUGUUUUCUUUGCCUUUGGGCUUGCAACAGCAUACUCAUGUGUCAUGGUGGUUAACGUGUUCGACGCGCUUCAGGAUUCGGGACUAUCUCAAACCAAUGCUACACUAGGUCUACUUUUAUUGAACAUAUCAGGCAUUAUUGGACGCAUUCUUCCAGGCACUUUGAUACAAAUAAAAUAUAUAACGGUGUUGACAGUCCCAAUAAUUGCAUGCAUAAUGAUAAUUUUAUCACAGCUCGGAAUAACUCUACUUAGUAGUAUUACUACAAAUUUUCUGGCAUGCAUAUUAGCUGGAACAGCAAUUGGAAUGUUGAUGUCUUGCUUUGGUGUGGUCACUUUAAAACUGGUUGGCAUUGAACGACACGCAAAUGCAAUGGGAAUAUGUUUAAGUCUCUCCGGGUUAACAAAUGCACUCAUGGGACAAUUUGGAGGCUGGAUACGAGACAAGUUAGGCUAUUAUACGAUUCCAUUUCUACUAUCGGCCUCCGUGGAAGUCCUGGCGAUCAUUCUCCUCUCAAUAGCACAGUUUUACAGAUCUAAAUAUCCAAAAAGACUAACUGAUGAACUGAAAGAUGUCUGUGCAUUAUAACACACGGUUUUGAUUUGCACAUGCACUCGUUUGAUGUCAUUAGUUACACUUGGAUACUUACACGGAACAUCAAAGUAUCCAAGAACGUACUUGACAAGCUCGACCAAAAAAGCUAUAAAUGACACACGUACCAUUAGCACUGUUUUCCUUAUAGUCAAAAAUCGUGUAUCAUUUAAAUUCAACGAGUCAUAGUUUAUUCAAAUGCAUCAAGGCCAAAGGCUCAUGAGCAUCAAUCCAUGGAAUUCAUAAUCCAUAUAAUUAUAUUAAAUGAUAUCAAUCGAACGUUGGGUCACAAUAUACGUGAAUACAUAUGAACUCUAAGAUCAAGCCAACGGGAAAGAAUACAUGCUUUACAGGUACAAUAAUAUAAGCGCUACAAACGUCAUGCAAGAGGCACAAUGUUGUAAGCAACACACAUGCAAUAAAAACAAUGAAAAUCGCCGUUGUGAAUCGCAUCGACACUCUCAAAACUCAGAACUUCUGAGAACAAAAUAAAGUAAAGCUAUUUUGGUUUAACCAGUAUUUAUUGCAAAAAAAAACAUUGAACAAAGUAAAAAAGCAUUUGAACUACAGAAAUGCAUGAUAUUCAUACAAAAUAAGGACUGAUGGAGCACAUUAACAGUGAGUAAAUUACGGAAUUGAGAAUUAAACAUAGCAGUCACGUUUGAGAUUCCUAAACGUCAGGUGUAUAACUUUUAAUCUAUUUUACAAAGAUUUUGCAGGACCAUUCAUAAUACUUAUAUCAUAAAAAAAUAGUUAUCCUUUCUUUCUAUUAUAGUGCUUUAUCAUUUUUUUCUACACAAAAUAUCCUGUAACCUUUCUAUCUGGUGCAGCCUUUAUAGUGACCAGAUUCAAUCAUACGUCCUCAACGCUGAGCAAAGGUAGAUGUCCUAAUGCAAACUAGUCGAUCUAUUUUCCCGUCCUAUUAUUGUUUAACGAUAUGCUGCAACCCUCAAUCAAC